UAGUCUCCGCAUACAACCCUUGUCUGUCUGGACGCUUGAAUGGAGUCUAUCCUUGCUUUCGUAGCUUCAGAUAGCUCUUGGAGUCGAGGAUCUUAUACUCUCUCCAUUCCGUCGUAGUCAGAUUCGUCCUUGUGGACCAGUCGUUAGCUAUUUGUUUGUGGAUUCAUGCUCGUGGGGUGGCCAUUAUCAUUGGAUGCAAUUGCGCGCGCGAUUUACAAGUUCUUUCAUCGAAUAGUGUGCACAUAGUGGCGAAAGCCCUUGCUGUAGGGUAGCAUCUGGGUGGCUUAUGAGGCGGAAAUAGAGUACUGAAAGUGCGAAAAAUUGUCGAAAGGGCUGUUGUGUUUAGUUGUCGUGUUGAUUCGAGUGAAUGCGCAUAUGAGUCCUUAUGCGAGGCCAACUAUUGUGAAUCUAUCGAUAAUCGAAAGCUUAAUUUACGUAGUGCGUGCAGUUGGUCAGUGAGACGGGUCACAUGGUUUUUAUAACGGAUCGGCUGGAUCGUUGAAGCUGGACGAGGAUAGCCCUUAGAUAGUACUCGUAUACGCCAAUUCCUAGAUUUUGUGGAGCUUGGUUGGUUCAAAAAUUAACUAGUGCAUUUUUCAAUUGUUCAUUGGAUGCAAGUGCAGUGGUUCAGUAACACAUAGUAGGCGUGAAUUGUUUUAUUGCGCGUUGCUAUUUAUUGGGCGCUCUGAUUAAGGCUGUAAUGUGAUUAUACACAGGUCAUAAGGUGAUCUUUAUGCCAGCGUGCGAUAUUGAUGCUACUCGCCAAUUUACGAGCAAAUUUCAUUAGUGCAGUUCUGUGAAAUUGUUGUAUGGUUGUUGCAGUUGUCGUUCAAAGGUGAAGGUGCUCCACAUACCUAAUAGUGCAAUGCAAUUGAGGUGCUUCUUGCAGUAAGUGCGUGACAAGUGGGUUAGAUAUUGAGUUUGUAUUAAUAACAAUCGAAUAUUAUCAUGAUUGGAGAUAUGCUUGCUGAGUAUCGUCGUGGAUUAUUCAUCACUGUUCUUGCAACUAUUACAGCUUUUGCAUCAUCAAACCACCAUGACAAGCUGACUAUCAGCCCAUCGAAUGCGGAAGCUAUUCAUUAUGUCAACGAAUCGCAUAUCGUAACAUGCAUCGGUGCCAAGGAUAUGACUGUAGAGUGGUUGAAUCCCAAGGGCAAAGCGGUUACUGAGAAGAAAGGAAGAGUUCACGUGGAGGCCAUGGUAUCAGGUCAUUUGGCUUUGGUAUUCGAACAUAUUGCCUUAUCGGAUAAGGGUGAAUGGACGUGUCGAGUCAAGGAUGGCGAAGCUAAGAAAUCCUUCAAGAUGCUGACGAACCAGCAGAUAACUUUCUUGGAUACGCCAAUCAUUCAAACUUACGAGGAAGGAUCCCAGGCGAUGGUACGCUGCGAGGUUAAAGGUGAUCCAGAGCCGCAGGUUUCAUGGUCGUUCAAUGGGCAAAGUAUUGUGAUACCACAUGCGAAGUUUACAAAGUUAGCUGAUGGCUUACUAAUCAAAAAUGUAUCAAGAAACGACAGCGGAGAGUAUACGUGCCGGGCGUAUCAAGUUUCCGAGACAAUCAGCAACGUUCGAGAGAAGACAAUUCGUCUUAAUGUUCAACACAAACCAAUUGCACCACCACGUAAAGCCAGUGCUGAUGUUCAAUAUGGUUACAUGAAUGGCGUCGUCAAUCUGACAUGUGAAGCAGAGGCUGAACCCCAAGCAACAUUCACAUGGUCUCGUGAUGGGAAGAAGAUGAGCCCGAAAAACCAUGCGAUUUAUACAGGAAACCAUACGUCUAUGCUCCAGUUGUCCAUCAGUGAUGUUUCAGCAUUCGGUAACUAUAAUUGCAAAGCGUCCAAUUCAAUGGGUAUCCUGGAGCGGGUAAUUACAUUGAAGGAAGGAACGAAACCCGACAGCCCAACACAGUUCAAUCUGCGUGGAGUCAAUUCAGAUACAUUCGAUAUUGACGUUGGAGCUGUACGCACAUCGAAUGUCCGCACACCAAUGGACAUCAACGGAUACCGAUUCGAGGUUAUCCCUGAACAGGAAUAUCGAUCGAAUGGCGAGAAAUGGGAUACGGCGAGAAUCCUAAAUUUCGGCUUUCAAGAUGGAAUUACAUUCCUCAUCAACAAUCUCUCGCCAAAUACAACGUAUGCUGUACGAGUUGCAUCUCGAAAUCCAGCUGGCCUGAGUGAUUGGACUGAAACAAAAUUUUUCACAACAUACUCCAAGGAACCUAUCAUGAACAGCGCUCCAAGUAUCAGCAAAGUUGGUAAUUCAAAGUAUCUAACUAGCAGCCAGUUCUUCCUCACCAUUGGGGUAUUGUGCGUAGAGCACUGGCGAGGAAGCAUAACAAAUAAAUGGCUUAAUGUAGUUUUGUGAAAAAUUUUCCUGUACUAAAUAAACUAAAUUAAUUAUUGAGGGGAGAAGAAAAAUUCAGAUUAUAUUACGAAAAUCGUGGUCCUGUUCGUAAACAGUAACGUUUAUUCGCUUCCGUUUUGAUUUACGAGUAUGAAUACCUUUUAAUUUAAGGCGCAUUAAUGUUAAGAUCAUACAUUUUAUGUAUAUUAUUAUAGGAAGUAAUUAUCAUAUAUAAAUUGUCAAAUGAAGUUGAUUACGUUAUAGCUGCGUAUAUGAUAAAUGUUAUAUCUUAGCGAAUGGUUUAAGUUGUUCACUUCAUCUCAAGAAAUUAAUUCGCCCAGAAUUUUUUGACAGGGAUGUUUACAGAAACAAUUUUAUGUCUUUGCGAUUAUAGUUAUAUUGGGAAGUAAAAUGUGUCUCCAGGACUUUGAAGAUAUGCAAUGGUUGUAUUAUUCUUCGAAAAUUGGUAAGUUAUCAAAUUUGCCUUUUGCAGUAAAGUUAAUGUGCUGGCUUAUAUUCAGAAUUUCCAAUCCUGCAGUUUUGUGUAGUGCUGAACAAAUAAUGAAAUGUUAUUAACAAUGUAGCUGAGAUACUUAUUUCAUAGUUUUUCGUUUGGAAUUUCAUCCUUAAGUUUUAACGCUUUUAAGCCAGAAACUGCUUCAAUCUUUAGGAAACUUUCACGUCAAGCAAGCCAUGCAAGUGAAAAUUGAGAACGCUACUAGCCUCAGAUGCGCAACAACAGCAGUGACUUUUCCGUGGUUACUUUUCAGCGGGGCAUAUUUGGUAGAGUGAGGCUUCUUGGAACAAAAGUCGUUAUUAAAACUUGUAAAAGGUUCAAUUUGGGUCACGAAAAAGAAUCUUUUCAUAAUUCCCUGAAACAAUUAAUUGGAAAAGUUUAACCUCAUGACAAUAUUAUUAUAUUUGGGGCAAUAUGAAUUCCCUAAAUCAUAAAUUAUGGCGGAAUCUAAAGUAAAAUUAAAUCAAAAACCACGCAAUGAAAGGCAAGCAAAUUUCGUGAACAUGCAUAGAACUGAUCUAAUUUUGUAGCAAAUUCAAGCGCUAAUAUGUUCUUGACAGACUAACAAGAUCUUUUGUUAUAACACGCAACUUUUCCAAGUUCCUAAAUGAACUUCCCGAGUCGUCACAGCAACAAUGAGCCUCUUCGAAACCUGUUCACUGCAAUUACUUGUGUAUAUAUUUAAGAAUGCUUCCUAAUUCUUUCUGAAGAGGCAUCUUUGAAAAUUUACAUAGUAAUUGCAUGCUCCUCAAGGAAAAUAAUAGGGCGUGAAUAAUUGCACAUGUGUAUGCGCAUGCAUGUGCAUUUUGCGUAUACGCCAAGCAGUUUGCAAUUAUUUGGCAAUUAAAGUUUGGAUGAAAGUUUGGAAACUUCAGAGCAGCGUGCAAGUUCCUCAAGUUUCCAACAGUGGGGUGAGGAAAAGGGGGAUAAGCAGAGGGGGUCGAAAAAUUUACUAAGUUCAAUGUAUAUAGUUGCUUUAAAGAGGAGUCGGGCGUAAAGUUGGCAGAGUUGGCUGGAUAUUUGUAAGGGUUGAUUUGAGUGUUGCAACAUAAGUAUCAAAUAGAAGUUUCUUAGAGAUACAAACUGAUCAGAGUAUGACAUAUUUGCUGACACUACGGCAUUGCCUGGAACUUUCUACAUUCUGUGGUAGGGUUUCCAUUAUUCCUUUAUUUUUGCUAUUAGAUUGCGAACAAAACUAGCAAAUCAAGGCAUAUCUUCAAAUUCUCAUUAGAGAACAAAGUUCCAGAUUCGAUAAAAUAUUUUCUAGCAAAAUUCCAGUUUUUUGUGUUAAAUGUUUAUUUUUCCAAACAAUCAGAUUACAGCCCCGAAAAGACAUUUCCAUGAGUGUUCAUUUCCAUAAUCUCCUCUCUCAGCAGUAUUAAAAUAAUGAUAUAUUUAGCAUUGAAAGUACUCAUUGGGAAUAGCUUACGAACUACAGUCAACAGAAAAUCGUUCAUGAUCAUGUUAAGAAUUUAUACAAAUUUUGGAAAAAAUAAAUAAAAAUAUACUAAUUAUAACGGGGACAUUACACUGUAAUACAAUAUAAAUAAAAUAUAAAUGUAAUUGUGUCGUGUAUUAUAAGAGAAUGAAAGCAAAAUAACGAAAACGAAUCAAUUCAAAUAGAU